AUGCAUUCCAACCUAUUCGCUGUCACGGCCGCUCUGGCUGCCACUGCCUCCGCCUUUGACUGUAAUGGGCCAUACUUCAGUUUCUACAAUCGUCACGGCCCUGCCAUGAGCUCGCAGAGACUUGAUCCCGCCCUCUUCCCUGGCCAACAGAGUCCCCACAUGCACGACUUUGACGGUGGGAAUGCUCUUAGCGCCGAUGUCUCCUACGAGAGCUUGCAGGGCUCUGACUGCACCACUGCACGCAUCAAGCCCGACAAGAGCUUGUACUGGCGCCCUGCUCUCUACUGGAACGGAAACGGCACUGGCAUGUACCCUGUGCCCAACUCCUUCCUCAAGGUCUACUACAAGUUUGGCGACAACGAUAACGCCAAAGCAAAGAACAUCUCUGAGUUUCCCGAGGAUUUCGCCAUGAUGGCUGGUGACCCAUUCAAGCGAUCCGAGGACGAGAAGAACGAGGCUGGCAUCGACUGGACUUGCAUUGGCGAGGACUACUCGAGAAUCACUGCCAAGGGCUUCCCUACUGGGUUUACAUCUUGCGGACAAGGUUUGACCACCCAGCUCACCUUCCCUGCCUGCUGGAACGGAAAAACCAUCGACCCAAAGAACCCAAACGCACACAUGGCUUACCCCACUGCUGGUGGCGCGGGGAUUGAUGCUUGCCCAGAAGGCUUCCAAGCUGCUCGUUUCCCUAGCAUCUUCAUCGAGUUCUGGUGGGACGUGAAGGCCUUCGAUGGACAGUACAGCGCCAACGACAACCCAUGGGUCCUCGCUCAAGGUGAUCCAACCGGUCACGGAUUCCACGCUGAUUUCCGGAACGGUUGGGCAAAGGGUGUCCUCGCUAAGGCCACCUCUGACGAUGGUUACUGCAACUGCGGAUGCGGAUGUGGUGACGACCAGAUGAGGGAGUGCUUUGGCGCUGAGAACGUCAAUGACGAUGCCGACAUCUCAACUUGUGCUGCUAAAUCGGCCUUCGCCGACGAGGCUGGUGUUGUUGAGGAGCUCCCUGGCUGCAACCCACUUCAAGCUGGCCCUGGAGAGGCUACAGUUGUUUCUGGACCUGACUGCACUGCUGCUGCUGCUCCAGGUGCUGGUAAUGCUACUUCUGCUGUCGCAUCUGCCACCAGCGCCGCCGCGUCUGUUGUCUCAUCCGCUGCCUCCGAAGCCAUCAGUGCUGUUUCUAGCCUUGUUGCUACCGUCAAAGAAGUCGAGUCGACAGCCAUCCCUGUGUCCUCGGCCGGCCCGGAGUCCACGGUCCUCCCAACCAACGCAACGACUUUGGUGAGCAAGAGCCGCCACAACCAUCACCACUACCACACCACCGUUCCCGGCGAUGCAUCUGAGGCACUUCCGGCGGAUGCUGAGAGCAACGAACGCACCAACGCGGCCACCGUUACCGUUACGCCACCUCCAGUCACCGUGACUGUCACGGCUUCCGCUGCUAGCCAGAAUAGCGGCUACGUAGUGGACAGGAGGCGCGGUAGGUACAAUUAG